UAUCGUUCAAUCUUUUUUAAUAUUUAAUAAAGAUGAGCGAAAGUGUUUCAGGAGACGAUACGGAAUCCAUAGAGUAUGGUCAGGAUGACGACAUUAGGUCAGAAUGCAGCUCAACUAAAGAUGAAGAAGACUUGAGAAGAUCCAAACUCCAUGAUCUGAGAGAAUUUAAAACAAAAACUAAGACAAAACUGGUCUCCAAAAAUGUAGUAACAGAAGAAUAUUCAAGAGAAGAAAAUCGAAAAGAAAGAUUUCAUUUAUUGACAUUGGAUGCUUAUUCACGACACAAGAAGUUUAUUAAUGAUUACAUUCUAUACUAUGGGGGUAGUAUGUCUGAUUUUAAGAGAGACUCUUCCAAAGAUAAAACAGACUUUGAUGUAAUUAAAGAACAUCAUAAGUUUCUAUGGGACGAGGAUGAAUGUGAAACGCAAAAAAGCUGGGAGAAGAGGCUGGCUAAAAAGUAUUACGACAAGCUGUACAAGGAGUACUGCAUUGCUGACCUAACGUACUACAAACAUAACAAAGUUAUAGCCAUGAGGUGGAGAACAGAAAAAGAGGUCGUUGCUGGGAAAGGUCAAUUUGAGUGUGGGGAAAAACACUGUGAUGAGGGCGAUGGCUUGAAGAGUUGGGAGGUCAACUUUGGAUACGUGGAGCAUGGGGAGAAGAAGAAUGCCCUAGUCAAAUUAAGAUUAUGCCCAGACUGCUCGUCGAAACUCAACUACCAUCACAAACGAAAAGAGAUUAAAAAGAAAAAAAACAGGAAGCGGAAGUCACGUGACGGUAUCGAUGAGGAAGAUGGCGACGAUGGCGUGACUAAGAAAUCAAAAAGGUACGACUCCGAUGGUGACGACGACGAUGAUGAAGAUGGUAGUGAAAAUAAUAAUGAAAAAAAACCCAAAGCCAACGGUAAGUUUUUACAUUUACAUCUAUUUUUGUUUUAUUUUUUGGUUAAUUUCCUAAUUCUGUUCAAUCUUGUUUAA